GCCAGGCUCGCCAACACCUCAAAGCCAAAUGAAAGCGACUUUUUUUAUCUCAUAUGGAUCGCCUAUGGGCUGCGGGAGGCAAUCGGAAGCGCUAAGGCCGCGCAAGUGUGACUGAUCAGGGUCCGUGUUGGGUUAACGGCCAUAAUGACACUGGAGACAAUACGAUCAUCCUAAUAAUAAUGGGCCUCGAUCUUUCUUUCCCCAGUCCUUUCAUAUAGUCUGCCCCUCCCAGACUUGUCUCCUUCAAUCCUCUUCCCGUCCGAUCGCCCGUUCAAACCCCCUGCAGAGUCGUCGUUCGACAGUUCUGAAUCGGAUUGUUGUACCCAAGUGACACCCGGCUGUCUGCUGCUGCAUCUGUGCUAGUCUAUGUGCGUGCGCAUAAAUGGUCGACUUUCAAAUUCAUCUUUACCUCGUACCAUCUAUCUCCGAGAUCUAACUGCCCAGCCCGUAUGACGUCCUUGCUGUUAUCUAACUCUCCCCAUAUAUUUAGCCACAGGACUUCUAACUGCCUCAAGAAGUAUACACUUCUUUUGCCUGCAUUCCAGCCGAGCUUUUCUCCGGGUUCCGCGGCCCAUCUUCCACAUAGAAGGGAACCGCGCCAUGGCUUCGUUCGCUAGCACACCUCCAACUCAAGAUGGAUCAAACCGCGAUGACCCAGGCCUGCAAGGUCAAUCAUCGUAUUUAAAUCUGAGGGCAUUAACGUCCACAGCCGAUGUUUUCAAGUUCUUCGGAGGGUCAAAGACAGUAACCCGAGAUGGGAAACCGGCAAAACGGCGAGGUCCCAAGCCAGACAGCAAGCCAGCUUUGACAAGGCGACAGCAGCUGAACCGUCAGGCUCAAAGGUCUCACCGGGAACGGAAAGCACAGUAUAUUAGGUCGUUGGAGACGGAAAUUUCUUCAUUGCGGGAGGCUUACUUCAAAGACAUAUCCUCCGCAAAUGCAUCGCUGCAGCAGCACAGACACAUCGUCGACUCCCUGAAUAAAGAGAACGAUGCCCUGAAACGUAUCCUGUCGGCCCACGGGAUAUGCUUCGAGGCAGAAUUGGAGCGCCUCGGGAUAGAUCGAUCGCCUCAGUAUCCUCUUAGCUCCUCCUCAGUCAGCAGCCCUGGCUACUCAGGAAACGUUGGCAUUGCUACAACCAUCAGCAGUCAUUCUCAUAUCACGCCGGCCACCAGUACCACGUCUGGUUCAAGUCCGCGGGCAACCCGCCCCGAGCAAAUCGAUGCUCUUCCUCCAGGGGAACAACCCUUUCCUCCUCAGACCACGUACCACAGCCAUUCCAAUGAGCAGUUCGAUUACAUGGAUCGUGAUAGAUCUAACCCGACACAUAAAGGGUCUGAUGAGCCUGUUCCAGCUGUACAGGGCGUUUUCGAAGAUGAUCCUCAGCUCCAGGUCGAUUUUAUCCUAACACUUGAAUCCCCAUGCCGUGAUCACACAGACUACCUCUGCCGCCAAGCGGACGAUGAACACAUGCCAUUCUCGGGCCACGCACUGAUGGCCUCCUGUCCACCACCUAGUUACAUCUCCAAGACCACCCCCGACCAGAUAUACCCUCAUAAAACCUACGAUCUCCCCCCAGCAAACCUCGCAACAUUGCUCAAUCUCAGCCGUCAACUAGUCGCGGAUGGACAGGUCACGCCCGUCAUGGCACUUCAGUACCUGAAGGCCCAUGACAUGUAUCGCACGCUAACGCGGGAUGACAUCAAGAUCAUUAUCGAGACGCUUAAUACGAAGAUCCGGUGUUAUGGAUUUGGAGCUGUUAUCGAGGACUUUGAGUUGAUGGACUGUUUGAAUAGCGUCUUGGGGUCAAAGAUGGAUUAUACUGCCUCUUCCUCUCAUGCCCCUGUGCCGGACCCUAUGAUGUACAUGUAGUUACUGUAUAUAGAUGAUGUUGUCGACUUACUAUUACUAUACACUUAAUAUUGAAAGCAACGGCUUGAGUGAGACGGCGAAGAUGUUUCUUCGUAUAUCU